AUGGGUUGCGUGGUCUCCGACGGGCGUAAUGUGAGGCGGCUGGACCCUGCUUUGCCGGCAUUCCAGAAAGCGCACGUCACAAUUGUAGUUUUUACGAUUGUCCCGAAUAUUUUAAUAAUAAUUAAAGAAAAUUUAAUUUUGUAUCUCCACGUUUUCCCAACAGAGAGCAGCCAGUACCGCUCCGACUAUGAGUACAGCCGCGAAGCCGGCGGCUGGCUGAAAUUCCACCGAGUACCAGCCACCUUCACUGAUGCAUUCCUGAGGUGUAACGCUGAAGGGUCAAAUGUAGCGUCUCCAUUGACUGUAGACCUACAGCAAGCCAUGAUGAAAUUUGCCAAAAAUCACACUGACUCUUGCGGCAUCUUCACUGGAGUGCACGCGGCCUUUUCUAGAGGAGAUUUCGCAACCGUCGAAGGCGUUCCUCUCUACAAGCUACCAGUCACAUGGGCUCCUGACGAACCAGACAACUAUAAGAACAAUGAGGAUUGCACCAUCAUGCUGCAGAACGGGACACUGGCUGAUGUUCGCUGCAACGACACCUAUCCCUACAUUUGCUAUAAGAAGAAGACUGAUAACCCAGUUCUAACAUCAUGCGGAACCGUCGAUAGAGAAUAUGUCCUGGACGCUCGCACCGGAAGCUGCUACAAGUUCCAUACAACUGGACGUACAUGGAGACGUGCUUAUAUGACUUGUAUGGCAGAGGGAGGGCACCUAGCCAUCAUCAACGGCGAUACCGAGAUGCAGGUCAUCAAGGAUGUCUUCGCCAAGCACCCUAGCGAAAAAAUUGCGGCUGAUUUAAAAGAUGUCGCCUCCAUAGGGUUUUGCAGUUGGAGAGAACACGGAAACUGGUACACUGUUCACGGCCUACAGGAAGACCCUGCUCAAGAAGUCGUCUCCACCGCCGAAGUUCAAAACUGGAUGAAGACGAUUGAGCUAUGCCUCAGUGAGAUAUGCACUAUAUCAACAGAAGGGAAGCUUAAUUCAGACCAGAAGUUGAGAAUUCACAAUUUAUGCCGUUAA